AGGCACGGAUUGACGCCGCCGCUGUUACUCAGGUAUAAAAGGUAAAGUGUCGGCCUCAGUGUCAAGUGGACCUUUCUUGUGAUCAUGAAGCCGAGAAGUAAAACACCUCACACUUAUGGUGCAUUAUUGCUCAUUGUCGUCUGCCUUUCAGCCUUAGGUCAUGGUGCCAGAAUAAAGAGGCAAGACACGGACGAAGAAGAGCUGGAAAAGCAAUUAUGUUCAGAUAAGGGCGCAGGUGAAUGGUUCAGAUUAGAGUCCGGACCAGACAAAUGUCGAGACGUGAUCCAGUGCACAGAAUCGGGUCUCCAAGCCAUUCGUUGUCCUGCAGGUUUGUAUUUCGAUAUUGAGAAACAAACUUGUGACUGGAAAUGGUCAGUGGAGAAUUGCGAACUCAAAUCAAAAGAGAAGAAGGUGAAACCCCUGCUGUAUACUGAUGAACCCAUCUGCCAGGAGAACUUCUUGGCUUGUGGAGAUGGCAACUGUAUGGAGCGAGGACUCUUCUGUAACGGAGCCAGGGACUGUAACGAUGGUUCCGAUGAGAACGCUUGUGAUAUGGACACGGAUCCUAACCGAGCUCCUCCUUGCGAUACCACCAUCUGCAAGCUUCCCGAUUGCUUCUGCUCGGCUGAUGGUCAACAAGUGCCUGGCCAACUUUGUGAAGUCGGUCCCGCCGGUGCCGAUUGCCAGAAUGUCCCCCAGAUGGUGACGAUCACGUUUGACGACGCCAUCAACAACAACAACAUCGACCUUUACCAAGAGAUCUUCAACGGUCAGAGACAGAACCCCAACGGUUGCGAUAUCAAAGCCACGUUCUUUGUGUCUCACAAGUACACCAACUACACUGCCGUUCAGCACAUGAGGAAACAAGGCCACGAAAUCGCGGCUCACUCCAUUACCCACAACGAUGACGAGUCCUUCUGGACCGAUGCCACUGUUGAUGAUUGGGCCAAGGAAAUGGCCGGAUCUCGAUUGAUCAUUGACAAGUAUGCCGACAUCACCGACAACUCGGUCGUGGGUCUUCGUGCCCCUUAUCUCCGCGUGGGAGGCAACAACCAAUUCACCAUGAUGGAAGAGCAGGCUUUCCUCUACGAUUCGUCCAUCACUGCUCCAUUGCAGAACCCUCCAUUGUGGCCCUACACCAUGUACUUCCGUAUGCCUCACAGAUGCCAUGGAGAUCUCCAGAAUUGCCCCACCCGGUCCCACGCUGUCUGGGAGAUGGUCAUGAACGAGUUGGAUCGUCGAGAGGAUCCUACCGUGGACGAGGAUCUCCCUGGUUGCGCCAUGGUGGACUCGUGCUCCAACAUUGUGAGCGGUGAUCAAUUCUACAACUUCCUCACCCACAACUUCUACCGUCACUACGACCAGAAUCGAGCUCCUCUUGGUUUGUUCUUCCAUGCCGCCUGGUUGAAGAACAAUCCCGAGUACCUCGACGCCUUCCUCUACUGGAUGGAUGAGGUCAUUGAGUCUCACAACGAUGUUUACUUUGUCACCAUGACUCAGGUCAUCCAAUGGAUCCAGAAUCCACAGACUGUCGACAACGCCAAAACUUUUGAGCCCUGGAAGGAGAAGUGUACCCCUGAGGAGGCACUCCCAUGCUUGGCACCCAACACGUGCAAGCUCUCAACGAACGAGUUGCCCGGAGAAGCUCUUCAUCUUCACACGUGUAUCCGAUGCCCAAACAACUACCCGUGGUUGAACGAUCCCACCGGCGAUGGCUUCUUCUAGACAUGCUGUUGUUUAUUUCUUUAUUGCGCCUUAUUUUCGUUCCAUGUAGAAAUACCUAGAAUGUCCUACUUCAAGCUUUGAGACCUAGUAUGUCUCCGUCCUAAAAAGCACGUGCCUUCACCAUCCACACGAACCCACAAAAUCCAUACCAUCAUGUGGUGGCGCCUGUCCUAAAAAGCGGGUCUUCUUGAGGUCAAUUUCUGCCCAUCAAUGAUGCCACACAUCCAUUUGGAAUCAAGCUUGAGCUGCGCAACAAAGCAGCCCAGCCCAAUUUCUGGACUUGGUCCAAACGCUAAUAUACUGUGAUUCUCAUCAGUGAGACAUGUAUGCAAACUGCCGUUGAAUCUCUGCCAACUUUGUAUUUCCACGUCAAAUACAAACAUACCAAUGAAAACACUUGAA